GGGGAGGUGGGUAUCAGCGCCAGGGUAACGUUUGAGGCCCUGUCAGGAGAGAGAGCCCGUUCAGACAUGGAGGUGCAGAACGAGGGCAGUACAGCAGUCUACUACAGCUGGCAGCGCCUGGCUGUACCACAUAGCUUCCCUGACGCCAGGACACAUACACACACACAGCACUUCUACUUCAACACCUCCACAGUCGGAGGUCCCAGGCAUCAGGACAGAGGUGUGGCGUCUCAACACACACCCUGUCCUGCUGGGCGGAGCCUCCAUCCAGGUGACACUGAGGGGCGUGGUUUUUACCAGGACAAGACCGCUGACCAGAGACACGCUCUGGAGAGGGAGCUGCAGCAGAGAGAGGCUGCGUCAGUGUGUCGGUCGUUGGUGUGUGACGUGUUACGAGGCGUCCUCACCCCAGAGAGACCCAGCUCCCCUGCAGAGCUCUACACCACCGAGGAAGAACACUUCCACAACAGGAACCCAAAGGUCCACUACACCUUGAAGUUGCAGUACCGUUAUGAGACAGUGGAGGCGCUGAAGAGCCUGUGGCAGCAGGUGACUGCAGAAACAGGAGAAGACAGAGAAACAGCAUGGGACCUCUCUGUGUCUACACUACGACAGGCAGUGCUGGCUCUGCCCCAGGGGGAAGGGGAACAGGAUGGACCCCAGGAGAGGCUCACCAGAGAGGGGGCUCUGAGCCUCUAUAACACCCUCCUCCUGGAGCUCACCCAGCCACUCACACAACACACGCCACUACCACACAACGCUAUAGGGUUGCAGCUGUGGAGAGAGCUGUUGGACGGUCUGGUCAGUGCAGCUCUGUGGCUCAGACAUCUACUGGGUCUCCCUGAGACAGACACAUGGGGGGAACACACACAGGACCACCACCACAGCUGGGGAAAGAUGAAGAAAGAGGAGAAGUUUGAGAAGAAGGCAGGAGCACCCCUGAAGGAGGAGAAGAAAGGAGCAGCCCUGAAGGAGGAGAAGAGGGGAGGGAGCAUCAAAGAGAAGGAGGAGAAGAAAGGAGCAGCCAAGCCUGCUGUGAAGGAGAAACCAGUGGAG